AUGAACGAAUCUUUUCUUUCGAUUGGAAAACUUAAGGAGAAAUUUGAAUCGAUUAAGCAUGAUAUAAAAACAAUUGAAAUGAAAAAACAGAUUAUUUUAGCGAAGUCUGCGGACGGAACAGAAAAUACAAGAAGCAAAUCAGUGAUAAAGGUGAAUGAAAUAAGGGAGAAAAAAAAGAGAAAUUUCCGAUUAUGGAAUAAUAAUGAGGAGAAAUUAGUGAUUCAGCAGCUACCAGAAUUUAAAAUUCAGCUAAAAGUAUUGGAAAAUGAUUUAUUUGACAGAGAGUUAUAUGUUGAAAUGAGAAGAGAAAGCAAAAAGAUGGAAAGAAAAGUUAAGUCGCUGGAAAAUGAUAAUAAAAUUUUGAGCGAAGAUAAUGAUAAAUUAAAGAAAGAGAUAGAAAUUAUGAAGGGAAAAAUUAAAGAGAAUGAUAAUUUGUUGAUUAUUGAACAAAAGAAAACUGAAAACACAGCUAAAUAUAAUGAGAAGCUAAGAGGAAAAAUUGCAAAAUUGAAGAAAAAACUAGAUGCUGCUAAAGAAAAUGACCAAAAUAGCGGGAAUAUAGUAAAUAACUCUAAGCUCAAUGAAGCUUCUACUGGAAAUCCUUUAAGCGAAAUAAGAUGCAUCAUGAAUAAUUGCUUAAAACCAUCUACUAACCCAAUUAAAAAGACACAAGCAAAAACUGAAAGCUUUCAACAAUUUAAAACCUCCCAAAAAACUCCAUCAAUGGCUAUAUCUAACAUUGAUCUCUCAACUCUUUCGUGCAUCCCUCUCUCUUCAGAUUCAUUCGAUAAAGAUACUCUAAAUUUCCCUCCUUAAAUGAAACAAAAACCAUUGGAAUAGUCCCUAUUUUUUGGGUAAAAGCCCAACUUUCAGCAGGCAAGCAAAAAUUUUUAUAUAUUAAUUUUUUAUAGAAAUAAUUUGAUAUAAACGUGAUAAUUAUAAUUUAACAUAUCUGAAUAAUUCUUUUAAAUUUUAAACAGCUUAGAUCCUAAAAUAUAAAUUUUUAAAAUUAAAUUAAUUUAUCAUUUUAAUAUCCAUAGAUUAGAUUAGAUUAACGCUAGGUAUUUAAGGUCCCCACUACGUCCGAGGAAGCAUUCUACGGUUUCCCGUAUGGUGGCAGAGCGUUCACCAAGCCCGAGCCGAAACCCCCGUUUCUCGGUAGAGGCAUCGUCAAGGGCCGUCUCAUACCGGCUUUGCUGACCGCCUCCAUUUCCAACUUGGAUCGUCGCCUAAGUUUACGCCAACACUGCCGCGUCGUCCGCCAGAUCUGCCCAUUGAAGGGCACCUUUUAAACUGGAGAAACCCCCGUUUAGUUGUCUAGCUCGCCUUCCCCUCUUUUCCGGUCAUCCCGAGAAAGAACUAAACAGCUUUCGCCAUUCGGGGCGAGCCACAAAAGCAGCUUAGGCAGGUAAGUCGCCCUGCCUCAUUUCGGGCACUCACUGGGCUGAGCGCUGCUGGCAAAAAGAAUUCACGAGUAACUGCCCAUGGGUCUGGUCACAAAAACAGCGGCUUUUGCGCUUAGACCUCUCGCUUCGAGGUCCCAGACGUUGUUGGGCUAACUCCUGGCUCCAAAAACCAUGCCCAGAUAUACAUGGGUAACCACCACUGAGAGGGUGGGUCGGUCACCGUCCGCCAUUUUAUGUAUAUAUUUUUAAUAUGCAUAAAAGGCCGGUUAUGAGCGACCUAUCCACUCAGUGGCAGGCACGUAUGCAUAUCCGGACAUAGUUUUUGGCACAAAGAGCUACUCGAGGGUUGGGCUAGCCUCGAAGAGAGAGGUUCAGCACUAUUUCCGUUGAAUACAAUGAAUAGCAGCCUGAUCCGAGAGGCAGUUUUUUUGCAUCUUUAUGCCAGCAGCGCCCAGUUCAGGUUGGGUGUCGAUAGAGGCAAGCAACUUACCUAGGCUGGCUUGUGGUCUGUCCCGAAUCGCGCAAGCGAUUGAACUUUUCUUUUAGUGCUGAGCCAGAUGAAAAUGGGGAAGACAGGUAGAUGAGAAUCUCAAGGAAGACAGUUUCCAGUUAAAAGGGUCCCGUGCUUGGGGCGGGUCUGUUCUCUAAGCAGGGUUGGGUGCAUUGGCUGCUUGGGCUGGAAAUUGAGAUUCCCGCAAAGUCCAUAUGACCCUGACCGUGGAGAGAAAAUGCCUCUACGAGAACCAGGGGUUUCAGCCCACAAGUUAACUGUGAAACGCAUGAUGUUCAGGAAGUGUGGACAAUAAAUACGCAAACUUUAAUCUAAUCCAAUUUAUCCUUUACAAUUUUUGUAUAUUUCGGGGAAAAAAUAAUAUAAAAAUUAAAAACAAAAAAUUAAUCCCUUUUGUUAGCGAUCAGGAUCGAGGGAGUAAGCACAUCCGCCCAGUGCGAUAUUUUCAUCCCUCCUCUUCCUCCAAAGCCUUCAAAAAAGCCAGUAGAAGAUGUCUCAUCUUACCAUUCUUCAUUCCAAGAAAAGCGCUCAAUUCUUCAAAGUCUCCACACUUCAGAUUAUUUUCUCCCUAAUAAGAAAUCCUAUCUGUAA